AUGAAAGAUCAAUCGCACAAGCACUGGUUACUCUUCAAGCAUUUUAUUAGUCUGCACAAAUACGACCUUUUUAAGACCUAUGUCUUAGUUCCGAUUGGCGUGAUACUAACGCUUUGCGUUUUGUAUGGUGUGGAUAGAUUGAUCAGAAAUGUGAUCAAAGUUACGUUUCCCGCAAGUGUGGCUGUAAUGCUAAUCAACUUUGCGUUGAUGUGCUGCUUAUCGGCGUGGCGAAGAAAAUAUGCUGAAUUAUAUGUUAAGGUGAUAGACGUCCCUUUGAGCUGGAGCCUGCGAUGGAUGAAUCUUUUCUUCACGCCUGCUUUUGUAACUUUGCCGCUGAGUGCGUGGAUUUCCCUCCGAGAAGCCAUGCUGAUUGUCGCAGUUUUCGUGAUAGGCUACUGGGUGACCUUUAUAAUUCUUGCAUACGUGACGAUACUGGGUCAAAAAGUGCUUGGAAGCCGAAAGCUGACUAGUUUCUUCGUUCGACAGGAGGAAUUAGAGAAUGGGAUGGAGGAAGGUUCAAGCUUUGCGCCUAGAUCACACUCGAGGCAAUCCAGCAUCUCUGAAAGGCGUUCUUCUUCCGAUUCCGACCGCUCUAUCACAACUUACCACGGUUGUAGCCAAGAGCUGCUCUCCUCGCAAGAUGAGGACGAUUUCACUCCUUUGGUCAAUAUUGCUAGCAAUUCUGGCUUCGAGACGCCCAAAUCUGGCGCUCGCGGCUCACCAGAACCCCCACAUGACGAUAAUUUACAAAUUUCGGCAUCAUCGGCGGUCCCUGUUUCUCCAGUCGAUAAUGGUUUACUGGCAAAAUCGGGACGAAAGAGAAGAGACAGCCUGCUCUCCUUGAGAACAGUUCAUCGGUUGUCUCAAGCGGUUACUUUGCAACCACCCGAACCAUCGCUAUUCAGCGAUAAAGCUAGCGUUGAAAUCAUAUCCCCAAAUGACACAAAUUCCAAUCCAGUGGUAUGCCAGCGUGCUAUGACGAGACAGUUUUCGCAUCAAGUGGACUUGUUGUUUUCGAUAAAUACGUGGCAGAACCACCUCCACCAUAUUUUGUAUGGGCUUGGGUUUUUUGCGACGAUAUUCACUUAUUACUUUACAUGGUAUGUCAGCCCUUUUCAGUUCUUCACUGCAGUAGUCACAUUCAUGUUCAUAAUCGAUGCCCCUAUCCUACCUAACCCAAAGUACAAAAAAUUUAUGCAUCCGGUUAUUUGUUCAGUUGCACUCACUUGGCUCAUUAUGCUCAUUUCUGUUAUGAUCAAGCACAGAGAGGUAGUAUAUUUUUUACGAGAAUUGAAAGAUUACAAAACUGGAAGGACGUACCUACAUCUGUUUGACAACAACUUGUAUGGCUAUCACGAAUGGCCAGGUGCGGGAGAUAUAUUUACGUCUUGCAUGGAUGUCUCAAUUGUGGGUCUUUCAAUGCCAAUGUAUUCUUACAGACAUGAUUUGAGGCGACAUUUUUUAAGUAUGAUCCCACCUAUUCUAUUACUAUGCGCUGGUUCGCUAUUUCUCUACCCAUUAAUAUGCUACCACAUAGGAAUUUCCCAGUCAAUGUCAAUCGGUUUUGCUGGAAGAAGUAUCACCCUAGCGUUAGGUACUCCGACAAUUGAAAACCUAGAAGGCUCCGUUACAAUCAUGGCCGUCACUACGGUUAUAAGUGGUAUAGUUGGUGUCCUCACAGGCGGACCUAUGCUUGACCUAAUACGAGUUCCUGAAAACGACUACGUUACGAGGGGAUUAACUUUAGGUUGUAACUGUGGCGCUAUUGCAACGGCGUAUCUUCUUAGUGUCGAUCGAAGAGCUGCUGCUAUCAGUACCCUGUCAUUUGUAUUAUUUGGUACAUUCAUGGUAGUAUUGAGUGCAGUUGUUAAAGUUAAAGAUUUUGUGCAGUCCCUGGUCGGGAUGUGA